CGGCCUGCUGCCCACCAGUCGUCUCCAUCCUCGCUCCACUCAUCCGCACCUCCCAUCUUUGCAUCUGCCUCACCCCCCUCCUCGUCCGGAGCCAUCCCAUCCCCUUCCUCGGCAGCGGCAUCCACCACAUCCUCCUCCCCUGCAAGCCCUUCCUCCUCGUCCUCUGCCUCGUCGUCCUUGGUGGCGGGGGGCUCAGGGGCGUGCGAGGGGUCUUCGUAG